ACUAUGGAGCUCUCUGCCUGAGGAGGUGGUGAUGGCCUGCUAUUUGAGCCCUUUCCACCAUCAUGAUUUUGAUGCCUCCUGAUAUGUUUUACUCUCACUAUGGACUACAUACACAUCCACCCGCGACUCAUCUCUGUUAUGAGGUGUAUGAUCAGAGCACACUAAUUUAUUUCGGACACCUGACCAACACUGAGGAGUCCCACGCUGAGGAAGUAUUUCUUGGUGAACGGUUUCGAGAUGCUUGGAAGCAAUGCACUCUUGUAUGGUACAUCUCCUGGAGUCCUUGCGAUCGCUGCCUUCAGAUUUUGCUGAAAACGUUCCUUCCCAAUAACCCUCAUGUCAAGUUGCACAUCAUAUUUGCCAAGGUCUACGAUCUCACCUCAAAGACUAUGGUCCGAGAACUUCAUGAAAAUGGAGUGAAUAUCCGUGUAAUGAGUAAAUUUGAUAAAGUAAGGCUUGGGGGAUGGGGAUUCAAUUUUCUGGACUUCUCUACAGACAGCGUCAACAGAAUGAACUUUCUGUAUCAGCAAACUGCUUCCUAGCCAAAAUCCUACCCAUCUUCUGAUAUGCGCAGGAGAGACGGAGGAACAUGGAUUUCUCCUGAAAUACAUAAAGAUGACUUUUUACCCUAUGAUCUUGGUCAGAACAGGCUCCA